AUGCUAGGAAGGUCAGUUUUAAGAAGAUCAAGAUUAUUGUUUCCAACACAAAGGAACUCAAUGUUGAAGCGUUUCCAACAUUCAGUUAUUGGUAUUGAUCUAGGAACUACGAAUUCUGCAGUUGCAAUCGUAGAAGGGAAUGAAGCAAGGAUAUUGGAAAACGAAGAAGGUGGCAGGACAACACCGUCAAUUGUUGCUUUUACAGAGGCCAAUAUGUUAGUUGGAUUGCCGGCUAGAAGACAGGGUGCAAUUAAUUCCCAAAAUACGUUCUUUGCUACGAAGAGAUUAAUCGGAAGAAAAUUUGAAGACGAAGAAGUUCAAAGGGAUCUUGCAAAUACCCCCUAUAAGAUUGUACCCCACGAAAAUGGGGAUGCAUGGGUGGCUACAUCUGAUGGUAGAAAAAUUUCGCCUUCACAAAUCAGUGGAUAUAUCCUUCAAAAAAUGAAGGAAAUCGCGGAAUCACAUUUGCACGAUGAUACGAAAUCAAUAAAACACGCUGUUGUCACAGUUCCAGCUUAUUUCAAUGAUUCCCAAAGGCAAGCAACCAAAAGCGCAGGAAAGAUUGUUGGUUUAGAUAUUUUAAGAGUAAUUAACGAACCAACAGCUGCAGCAUUAGCCUACGGUAUCGAUCAAAAGCAAAAGGAUGGUAUUAUAGCUGUGUUUGAUUUAGGUGGAGGUACAUUUGACAUUUCAAUAUUAGAUAUUGAAGAUGGAGUAUUUGAGGUGAGAGCAACCAAUGGCAAUACUCAUUUAGGGGGAGAGGAUUUUGACAUUUUGCUAUUGAAUCAUAUCUUAGAUACGUUCAAAAAAGAAAAUAAUGGAUUGGAUAUACUGAAUGAUACUGUAGCAGUCCAAAGAAUUCGUGAAGCAGCGGAAAAGUGCAAAAUUGAGCUUUCUCAUGUAAAGGAGACGGAAAUUAAUAUUCCAUUCAUUACCUCGGAUAAGCACAUCAAAAUGAAAUUAACAGAAGACGAAUUAGAUGAGAUGUCGUUACAUUUAAUUAACAAGACUAUUGACCCAGUGAAGAGGUGUAUUAGAGAUGCAGAUUUAAAGAUUAAAGAUAUUGAUGAAGUUAUUUUAGUUGGAGGCAUGACUAGAAUGCCAAAAAUCAGGAAAACAGUUGAAUCUCUUUUUAAUAAAAAACCAAGUACUUCCGUUAAUCCCGAUGAAGCUGUAGCUUUAGGAGCGGCAAUUCAAGGUGCUGUAUUAUCGGGUCAAAUUAAAAAUGUUGUUUUAUUAGAUGUUACUCCGUUGUCAUUAGGUAUUGAAACGUAUGGUGGAAUUUUCAGCCCUUUGAUUGCAAGAAAUUCUGCAGUACCGGUAAAAAAGGAACAAAUUUUUUCUACUGCGGUUGACGGUCAGACUGGUGUUGAAAUCAGAGUAUACCAAGGUGAAAGAACUUUGGUAAAGGAUAACAAAUUAAUUGGUAAUUUCAAAUUGUCGAAUAUUCCGAUCGGACCUAAAGGUACUCCACAAAUUACAGUCUCGUUUGAAAUCGAUGCUGAUGGAAUUAUUAAUGUUUCGGCUACGGAUAAAACUCCGUAUCCCGAAGAUCUGGAGCAUUAUAACAAAAAGAAUACAGUCUCUAUUCAAGUUUCUGCGGAAACUGGAUUAUCUGAACAGGAAAUAAAUGAGAUGAUAUUAGAUAGCAAUAGAUAUUCUAAGAGUGAUGAAGAAACUAAGAAGCAAGUUGAAAAUGCCACGAGAGCGGAUAUAAUAUGCUCUGAUACAGAGAAUGCGUUGAUUCAAUUCGGUGAUUUCAUGGAGGAAGAUGAAAAGAAAGAUAUCGACGAAAGAGUGAAAAAGUUGAGAGUUAAGAUCGACGACGUUAGAGAGUAUAGAGAGAUGCACAGUCCACAAGAUAUAAGAGAUGAAGUUAGUGAAAUUCAGAAAAUAUGCCUCGAAGCUAUUAAGAAAGUAGCCGCUAAACAACAAGCUGAGCAACAAAAGAUGCAACAAAAGAACUAA